UCUCCAUUCCCAAACCCUUUUUCACUUUCCCAGCAUUUCCACAACAUUUCCGCCACUUUCGGUGUUUAAGUUUGCAUUUUCUCUUCAAGAGAAAAGAAAUGGCCGGUGGUGGCGGAGGAGGAGAAGCGGCGGCGCCGCCAAAACAGGAUGAGCUCCAGCCACAUCCGGUGAAAGAUCAACUUCCUUCUAUCUCUUAUUGCAUCACUAGUCCUCCUCCUUGGCCGGAGGCGAUACUUUUGGGUUUUCAGCAUUACUUGGUGAUGCUUGGAACAACGGUUCUAAUACCAACAUCGUUAGUUCCACAAAUGGGUGGAGGAAACGAAGAGAAGGCAAAGAUGAUCCAGACGUUGCUUUUUGUUUCUGGACUUAACACUUUGCUCCAAAGCUUCUUUGGGACUCGUCUUCCCGCGGUUAUUGGAGCUUCUUAUUCUUAUGUACCGACCACGCUUUCGAUCAUCUUGGCUGGUCGGUACAGCGACAUUACAGAUCCUCAAGAGAAAUUUAAGAGGAUCAUGAGAGGGAUUCAAGGUGCUCUUAUCGUUGCUUCGAUUCUUCAGAUCGUUGUUGGCUUUAGUGGGCUUUGGCGCAAUGUAGUUAGGCUCUUGAGUCCUCUCUCUGCAGUUCCUCUUGUAGCACUCGCCGGUUUUGGGCUUUAUGAGCUCGGUUUCCCUCUGCUAGCCAAAUGCAUUGAGAUUGGAUUGCCUGAGAUCAUCCUUCUACUCAUAUUCUCACAGUACAUUCCUCAUCUCAUGCGAGGAGAAAGACAAGUUUUCCAUCGAUUCGCUGUGAUUUUCUCUGUAGUUAUUGUCUGGAUUUACGCACACUUUCUCACCAUUGGUGGAGCCUAUAAGAACACAGGAAUCAACACUCAAACAAGUUGCAGAACAGAUCGUUCUGGUCUCAUUGGCGGCUCUCCAUGGAUAAGAGUGCCUUACCCUUUUCAAUGGGGACCUCCAACAUUUCAUGCUGGUGAAGCUUUCGCUAUGAUGGCUGUUUCAUUUGUUUCCCUUGUUGAGUCUACAGGGACUUACAUUGUUGUAUCGAGGUAUGCAAGCGCAACUCCUCCUCCACCGUCUGUGCUCAGCCGUGGAAUCGGAUGGCAGGGUGUUGGAGUUCUUCUCUGUGGACUAUUUGGAGCAGGAAAUGGAGCAUCUGUAUCGGUUGAAAAUGCCGGUUUGUUAGCUCUAACACGCGUUGGUAGCAGAAGAGUAGUUCAAAUAUCAGGCAGUUUCAUGAUCUUCUUCUCUGUUCUUGGUAAAUUUGGAGCAGUCUUUGCUUCGAUUCCAGCUCCUAUCUUUGCAGCAUUAUAUUGCCUGUUCUUUGCAUACGUUGGUGCUGGUGGUUUAAGCUUACUUCAGUUCUGCAAUCUAAACAGCUUCAGAACAAAGUUUAUACUCGGAUUCUCGGUUUUCAUGGGAUUAUCAAUACCACAAUACUUCAAUGAGUAUACAGCUAUUAACAAGUAUGGACCAGUUCACACAAGAGCAAGAUGGUUCAAUGAUAUGAUCAAUGUUCCAUUCUCUUCUGAAGCGUUUGUGGCUGGGAUUUUAGCGUUCUUUCUUGAUGUAACAUUGUCAUCUAAAGACAGUGCAACGAGGAAAGACAGAGGGAUGUUUUGGUGGGACCGUUUCAUGUCGUUUAAAUCGGAUACUAGAAGUGAAGAGUUUUAUUCUUUGCCUUUUAAUCUUAACAAGUUUUUUCCUUCUAUGUGAUAUUUGAAAAAUUAUGCUUAAUAUGAGUUCAAUGGCUUGACCCUUACUUUACUCUGUAUAACCUUUUGCAUCUGACAACAUUAAAUUCUUAAAUUAGGAUAAUUUCUAGUUCGUAAAAGCAUGUACUAAAAUACGGUUUCUAGUUCUAUAGAGGAGGACAAAAGCAGA